AUGAGAGCAAUAUUGGUGGAUUGGUUAGUUGAUGUCCACAACAAGUUCGAGCUUUCCCCUGAAACAUUCUACCUCAUCAUCAACAUAAUUGAUCGCUUCCUUGCGAGGAAGGCAGUUCCAAGAAGGGAAUUGCAGUUGUUGGGUAUUGGGGCAAUGCUCAUAGCCUCCAAAUACGAGGAGAUCUGGGCACCAGAGGUAAAUGACUUCGUGUGCCUUUCCGAUAGAGCGUACACGAAUGAACAGAUACUAAUGAUGGAGAAAAGGAUACUUGGGAAGCUUGAAUGGACCAUGACUUUGCCUACUCCCUAUGUUUUCCUCGCUCGAUUCAUCAAGGCGUCGAAGGACUCCGAUCACGAGAUGGAAAAUCUGGUAUAUUUUCUGGCAGAACUUGGUAUAAUGCAUUACAACACCUCAAUAAUGUACAGCCCAUCAAUGAUUGCCGCCUCGGCAGUCUACGCCGCUCGAUGCACGCUGAAGAAAGCCCCUGGUUGGGACGAGACCCUCAAACUGCACACUGGCUUCACAGAGCCUCAACUAAUUGAUUGUGCAAAGCAUUUGGUGGGAUUCCAUGGAGCAGCAAGCAAGAACAAGCUUCAAGUAAUAUACAGAAAGUACUCCAGCUCCGAGAGGGGAGCGGUGGCGUUACUUCAGCCACCCAAAGCUCUCUUGGUGGUGCCUCCUAAUGGUCAUUGAUGAAACAUUUGGUUGAAAAAGGUUCAUUUUUUGAUAUUUUUUUCAGGGGGGUUUGCUUUUUCUUUACUAAUAUCCAAAAUCAGUCGAAAGCGGGGGAUAGAUUACUGACCAAACUCAACCCAUUCCAAAGCAUAACAAUUCCAAAUUAUCUUGAUUUGUCUCCGUCUAUAUUUGUCUUAGCAAUGUAUAUAAAGGCAAG